CGGUGGUUUCUACUCCGCUUGAAGUUGAUGGAUUGAGUCAUUCGUCUGCUUUUCCCUUUUCCUUCCUUUUCCUUCCUUUUCACUGGGACUCGAGAGAUGGCUUCUAUGCAACUACCAAAAUCUCUACUGCGUCCUAUUCUAUCUGAAAGCAUUGUCUCGCGACACCUCCAACGCCACUCCUGUCAUCACACCCCGCUCUCUACCUUCAUAAAACCUACAACACACAGACAAACCCAAACUAACAACAUGUCAACCACUCCGCCCAAAUCAACAGACAAACUCCAAUCAGGUCUUGAAUACAACAAAUCCCACUGGGCCCCUUCUUACGCCGAAAAAUUCGCUUCCCUAGGAAAUGGCCAACAGCCCCAAAUCCUCUGGAUAGGAUGUUCCGACUCUCGCUGCCCCGAGACCACCAUCCUCGGCCUGAAUCCAGGUGACGUCUUUGUGCAUCGCAAUAUUGCGAAUAUCAUCCAUGAAGGAGAUCUCAGUUCUUCAUGCGUGAUUGAUUUUGCCGUGGGUGCGCUCAAAGUGCAGCAAAUCGUUAUAUGUGGUCAUACCUCUUGUGGGGGGGUAAAUGCUGCAUUGGGGGAUUCUAAAUUGGGGGUAUUGGAUACCUGGUUAUUGCCCCUACGGAAACUGCGAGCUCAAAAUUUGGGGACGCUGGAGAAAUUGGAUAAGAAGAGUGCGGUUUCGAAAUUGGCUGAACUCAAUGUUUUGGACGGGAUGGCCAAAAUUAAGGAAAAGUCGGUGGUUUUGGAGGCGAUGGAGCAGAGGGGGUUGAAGGUUUCCGGGCUGGUUUAUGAUGUUGCCACGGGCUUGUUGAGGACUGUUGAUGGGGAUGAGGAGUCGCAGGAGGAGAUUAAGGCACGGUUGACGGCAUUCAAGACUGCUUAAUCUUUUUCUCCAGGAAGAAGGGAGAUACAUACGAUAGAGUACAUUUUGGUACAUUUUUGAAUUGUUUAUAACAAGCGAGCUCUAAAUACAAGAGACGGACAAGUAUAUAAAUACAGCCAAAUCCCUAACAAUAUCGACAAGAAUUGAAUCAAGACCAGCGUGGCAAAACACCUCCGCCUUUCCCGCCAAGGUCUUCUUCAGUGUG